AUGCCGCCGGUCGAUGCGAACGAAAUCCAACAGUUUGCUGCCGACUACGACAGCGGUAGUAGCGAUCGGCUUCGAGAGUAUGCUUUUGCGCCGUCCACGGACCAGUACCACUACGAUACCACGCCACGACAGCCGUCACACUCGGCACACUCGUCGUAUAGCGCCAUGUCCAGUAAACAGGCAAGGUCGUCCAGCUUCGCGUCCACUGCCGGCACGGCGAGUAGCCAAUACAGCGACCAGUACAGCGGUGGUAGCUCCUACGCAACUGGCAGUUCUGGAUGGUCCACCUCACCUUCGACCACGGCGGAGACGUAUGCUGAAAGCGUGACAACAUACACCAUCGAGCCCGAUACGUAUCUUCCUGCGCCGGCCCAAACCGGAGCGCUAUCUUUGCCAUGCGAAUUUGUUGGUCUGGCCUCCUGCGCGUAUAGUUUCGAUCAGAAUGAUACCGCGGCUUGGAUCGAACACACAAUCCAAGUACAUCUUCAUGACAGGCUCCCGAAUAAGGUCCUCUGUUGGUUCUGUGACGAAUAUAGUUUUGAUGUCAGCCACCUGGAGGUUGGAGGCGAUCGCCGUCUCAACUUUGAGCAACGCAUGUGGCAUAUCCGCGACCACAUCAUGGAGGAAGGGAAGACAGCUGAACAGAUACGCCCGGACUUCCACAUGCUGGAACACCUCGAUCGCCAUGGGCUGAUCACCAAGGCGGUGUAUACUAGAGCCAAGAGGUGGCGUGAGAAAGUGCCCCCAGUGACCGGAAUAUAUGCCCCUGGCUAUGUGCCCGAGGAGAGGCGGGUCGAGAAUGAGCGACGUAACCGGGUCUUAGUCGACCAUGAUAAAGAGGACAGACACCACCGAAGACGGCACAGGAACCACCACCGAUAA